AUGCGGUUUCGAGAUCCAAACGAACCGAGCAACGCAGUCAUCCCUAUCGGCACUUAUUGUCCGGCUUGUCACGAAGACGCGGUAGCUGUGAAUAAUCAUAAAAAUAACAAAAAGUGGCGAAUACUAGACCGGUUGCUUUGCUGUAUACCGAGAAAAGAACGCCAAGCACCACCACCUUCAACAUCGCCACCGUCACCUGCGAACGAGCUAACCUGCCUCGCAUGCGGCUUCCUAUUCGCACCACUGCAAGAAUCCUAUUCACGGCGUAACUCUGACAUACUGGAGAGCGACAAACGACAACAACAGACUGAUGUAUACCACUACUACGCCGAUGGAGUAAUCCUGCCGCAACCGCCCCCGCUCCGACCACCGUCGUCGGUCUGGAUGCGACGGACGGGGUUCACUCCGCAGCCGGAACUGCUGGAAUUGAUGGACCAUGUCUGGUGUGGCGAUUGUGGUCUCUUCGUCAAGAGGGUCAGUGGCACCUGCUGUUCAAAGUGUGGUGUGGCCCUGAAAAGUAAUUUGUGA